AUGUUCCAGUUUGUGUGUUCCUUCCUCCAGAAGGUCCAUGAAUAUUUUAAGAUCUGCAUAUUGACUAUCCUGAAUGCUGAGUCAUUCACAGUAUCUGAUGUUUCUUCUUCCCCUGUAGAAUGCGGCCAGCCUUCCUUCUCCCAGCGUGUUGUAGGUGUUCAGAUAGCUUACAGACACGAAGAAAACGCGGAAGCAAUGAGGAUAGAAGACGUGCGAAGCGACAGGCGAAGGCCGUGCCCCCCCCGCCUCGGGAAGGCCGUGCCCCCCUGCCUCGGGAAGGCCGUGCCCCCCCACCUCGGGAAGGCCGUGCACCCCAGCCUCGGGAAGGCCGUGCACCCCCGCCUCGGGAAGGCCGUGCACCCCCGCCUCGGGAAGGCCGUGCACCCCCGCCUCGGGAAGGCCGUGCACCCCCGCCUCGGGAAGGCCGUGCACCCCUUCCUCGGGAAGGCCGUGCACCCCCUCCUCGGGAAGGCCGUGCCCCCCCGCCUCGGUAAGGCCGUGCACCUCCUCCUCGGAAAGGCCGUGCCCCUCCGCCUCGGGAAGGCCGCGCACCCCCGCCUCGGGAAGGCCGUGCACCCCCUCCUCGGGAAGGCCGUGCACCCCCGCCUCGGGAAGGCCGUGCACCCCCUCCUCGGGAAGGCCGUGCCCCCCCGCCUCGGGAAGGCCGUGCACCUCCUCCUCGGAAAGGCCGUGCCCCCCCGCCUCGGGAAGGCCGUGCACUCCCGGCUCGGAGAGGCCGUGCCCCUCCGCCUCGGGGAGGCCGUGCACCCCCGCCUCGGGGAGGCCGUGCCCCCCCCGCCUCGGGAAGGCCGUGCCCCUCCGCCUCGGAAAGGCCGUGCACCUCCUCCUCGGAAAGGCCGAACAAGUCCCACGAGGGUCAUUGUGCCAGUGAAAACCACCAUCAUGCACCCGAUAUACAGCGGAGACGGGAGCAGCGGAGACCUGGCGUUAUUGGAACUGGAGCGUCCUGUGACUUUUAAUAACUACAUUCAGCCAAUCUGCCUCCCCGACCCCGACCAGCUAUUCCCAGACGGAAUGAUGUGCUGGGUAACCGGCUGGGGGAAUAUUAUGGAAGGAGUAAGCCUGGCCCUCCCGUAUAUCCUGCAAGAAGUGGAACUUCCUCUUAUCAACUCCUCCGCAUGUGACCACAUGUUCAAAGCUGCCUACAACAUCACCGCUGCCAUGAGCGUUGUACAAGACGACAUGAUCUGUGCCGGAUACCAGGAGGGCAAGAAGGAUUCCUGCCAGGGGGAUUCGGGGGGCCCUCUGGCUUGUCAGUUUGGUAGUUCCUGGUUUCUUGUUGGCGUUGUGAGCUGGGGAGAUGGCUGUGCCAGGCCCGGAGAACCCGGAGUCUACACCAAGGUCUCCAGCUUCUCAGCCUGGAUCCAGGAAAACGCUCAUAUGGAUCCAACAUCUGAGGGGACUAUCAAUGUGACAGUCCAUGUCAACACAUUCAGCACCAAGAAGCCAACGGCUGCCGCACAAAGCUUCUUCUCAUCCAAAAACAUCCAAGAAGACACCAGCGGGGCGGCGGGGCAGAUGCCUCUCGUCGGAGCUGCGGGUUUAAUGCUCCUGAUUUUCCUCGUCAGGACUCUGGACAUUAUCCGCCAUGGGCCAGAUCGCGGCUUUGACGUCACGGGUCCUAAGCACCCAGCAGGGUUUGGCAGGAUUCGUGCAGAGUUCUUCCUGGUCCCUAUGAAUGAGGCUCAGAACUCCAUCUCCAGCCUGAAGAAGAGGGGGAUUGUUCUUCCCGUGUUCGGUGCCAGUUACUGCUCUGGAGGCGUCUGUUCAGAUGAUGCUUGUUGUCACCUGCGCAGCCCGUGUCCUCCUGCUGCAUCCAGGAAACACAAAGGCCAGAAGACGGUAGGACUCAGGGCAUCUACAAUAAAAGACUUGAGUACCACCACUGAGGGCCCACGAGUCCAGCACGUACUGCCAUACAGAGGAUACUCUGAAUCAGCUGCGUGGACAAUGAACACCCCCAACCCAAGAAAUCGUGCCCAACAUCUCCAUGGACAAGGACCACCAAUAAGCCGGAGGACCACCGCUGCUGUCUUACUGCUAGUCCUGGGUAUUUUGAUGAAAACAGCUCCAGGUAGUGCUCAGCUUUCCUCCUUGCAGCGUGUUGUGGGUGGACAGGACGCUGCGCCCCGGGAGUGGCCCUGGCAGGCUGCUCUGUUAUAUGAGAACGCUUCUGUCUGUGGAGGGUCUCUGAUCUCCCAGGACUGGGUGGUGACGGCAGCGCACUGUGUGGUUGGCAAAACUCAUCGCAAACUUCAAGUUCUGUUGGGAGUUCUGAACCUCAUGGAUACAGGUUCCACAAGGCUUUCUGUGGCAGUGAAAAAAGUCAUCAUCAACCCGAUAUACAAUGGAGGUAUAACCAGUGGAGACCUGGCGCUGCUACAACUGGAGAUGCCUGUGAACUUCAAUGACAAUAUCCAGCCAAUUACUCUUCCAUCCCAAGACCAGGAGUUCCAGAAUGGGAUGAUGUGCUGGCUGACUGGCUGGGGUUAUACUGCUGAGAAUGUGCCACAGACAGCUCCACACACUUUACAAAAGGUCGAGCUUCCUCUUAUCAAUUCCACUAAUUGUGAUAAAAUGUUCCAAGUCGCCUUUAAUGCAAGCCAUGCCCCUGAUCUUGUAAAAGAAGACAUGAUCUGUGCAGGCUACCCUGAAGGCAAGAAAGACGGCUGUCAGGGGGAUUCUGGGGGACCUUUAGCUUGUCCAUCUCAUGAAUCCUGGUUUCUGGUUGGAAUCAUGAGUUGGGGUGAAGGUUGUGCCCAGCCACAAAAACCUGGAGUCUUUACAAAAGUCAGCAGAUUUUCCUCCUGGAUACAAGAGAGGACAGGUGCUACCACAAUUUCAAAGUUAAAAACCACUGCUGCAACGACUGAGAAUAUGAACACAGUCAUUACACAGUACCUGAAAGUAGAAUCUCAGGCUUUGACCUUGUCUAAGGUGACCAAUCAAGAAACCACCUCAGCUGGAAGGAGACUCCAAAUAUCAAUCAGCCUUUUUGUCAUGGUGAUUGCAUUUACCGCAAUUGUGGAUGUGGCAAGAGAAGCAUUUCUCUGUCUGUAAAUAAUGUAUUACUAUAUAACUGAUUGAAGACUCGAAUGUCACAUGAAAACAAAGAAAAGUGUCUACAAGAUCCAUAAUCCUUCAUGUCUCACCAAGAAGGUUCCUCAGAGAUCUCCAUAUAUCAAAGAUCCAUGAACGUUAUCUCCCAAAAAACCUAUAAACUAAUGAGGGCAAUCAUUAUAAAUUACCAACCCCUGAGAGGAAGAGGUAUGCUCCUGGGGAACAUCUUCGCCCAACUCAUAGCUGAUCCAUCCAAACACAGUUGUCUACGCUGGCAGUGUGCUCUUCGACCCAGACAUUUGUAGGAGGCGGCGGCAGGGGGUGAAUGUCUGGUCUGUGGAGCUUUUCGGGUUGUUUUAUAAGCUCAAAUGAAUAAAACCUUAA